AUGGGAGCUAAUUGCUGCAUAGCUGCCAAGGAAAGUUCUCAGCCAUCUAUGGCUCCAGUUGAAGUUUCUACAUACCGGGUAAGGCACUCACCAUCAUGGAGCUUCCGGUGGGACAACCGUACACACAUAGAGGAUAUAAUGGAGAACAGUACGGUGUUCUCUAAUCAAAGUAGUGGAAACAUUCAUCCAGAAGUAAAGAAUAGUUUCAUUACACCAACUGAAGGCCAUAACAGUGGGGAUAGUCGUUCUGAUGUCCUCUGUAGGGUCAAGUGGCAAAAAUCUGACAAAAAGAUGGAAGCAUCCAAGCUCUCAAAAUUUGAUCCUCCAGCACAUCAGUCUACUGCAGCCAAUCCAACUCUUGAGGCUAAGUCUUCUAAAGCUCCUGACAUAGUAACUGUUGGUUCAGAUAUAAAGACAUCAGAGUCUCUUCCUUCAACACCGCCCCCUGUACCGAAGGCAGAUUCAGAAGAUCCUUCCUCUAGAAGUCAUUCAAUUUGCAUUGACCCAAAUUCGACAAGGGAAGCAACCCAAUUGCCUGGGCAUCAACUAUACAGGCAGACCUUGGAUGGAAACAUUCCAUCCCUCAAACUUUUAAGUGGAAACAGCUCUGCAGAAAGGCCAUCAAGCUCCAAGCUUUCUGCCUGUAGCAAUGAUAUGUUUGCAGGGCAGUUGCAAGGUGAGACAUCUGAUGGGUGGUCAACUCGCACACCCUCUGAUAUGGUGGCCACAACUGAAAGACAUAGGUGGUCUGUUGACAAUGAGCUCCUUGGCUCCAUUGCUAGUAAAACAUCAAGAUCAAAUGGUUCACAUCCCAGUGCACUCUCCCCUGGCCAAGAGGUAUGCAAGCUAUGUUCGAGGCUAUUAAAGGAGCGGUCUUCAUGUAACGGUCAUGAACUGGCAGUAGUUGCUGUUUUAUUCUGUGGUCAUGCAUAUCAUGCAAAUUGUUUAGAUAGUAUUACUGCAGAAAGUGAGAAAUAUGAUCCUCCUUGUCCUGUAUGCACCCAUGGUGAGGCAUGUACAGUAAAGCUGUUCAAAAAGAUGGAACUGAAGGUUAAAAACAAGACAUCGAAAAAUAUGGCUGAUACUGAUCUUGAUGGGAGCUCUAAGCGCCAGAAGAAAGUUAAGAGAGAACCCAGGUUUGGCAAAAGUUCUAGCAUGAAGAAUACGUUUAGUCGUCCGUUUUUUAGGAGACAUUUCUCCAAUGGUUCUCGACCAUCAACACCAGUUUCAGGGAGUGAACCAACAAGAAAGAAGGGAUUCUGGUCAAGGCAUUGGAGAGAAUAG